AUGACCCAAGAUAACGAGUCCAGUCCUCAGGUCUCACACUCAUCCGGAGCACCCCCGCCGCCGGGAAACAGCACGUCGUCCUCGGCGGGAGACAAACGCGAUUUCAGUGAAGAGGCUAAUACGGAUGGUACGCGGGGCGUCUCGCAGGAUCCAACGACCGCGGGCCAAGAUGGCAGUAAGAAGAGAAGAGUAAAUAAUAGUGCUUCAUCCAGGGGAGUCGCGAACCUGACUCCGGAUCAAUUAGCCAAGAAACGUGCGAAUGAUAGGGAGGCUCAAAGGGCCAUUCGUGAGAGGACGAAGAAUCAGAUUGAGAAUCUGGAGAGGAAGAUUAGGGAGUUGACAUCGCAGCAACCGUAUCAGGAGCUGCAGCAUGUGUUAAGACAGAAAGAAAUGGUGGAGGCAGAGAAUGCGGAUAUCAAGAAGAGAUUGUCGAGUGUGCUGGCUCUGAUACAACCUAUCUUGGGCCACCAUGGUUUCGACGCACCGGUUUAUACACCCCCGCAACCACCAUAUAUACCCAAUCGUCCCGGCUCUUCACAUUUGAACAUAUCGACUCCACCGAGUGCAACCUCUCCAGGGGGCGCUCCUAGGACACAAUGGCAGGCCCCGAAUGCAAAUAUGGUACCCGAUCCGCGAUAUACUGCGAGCGUUCAAACAGCGCAGACUCAGCAGCUGAUGCAACAAAAACACGAUUUGGUGCACAAUCUGGAUAUGGGGCCAGAGAGGCUGGGUUUGGACUUUUUACUUGAUGGAACCCAGCGAAUAAAUAAAAUACCUAAUGGGUUGAAUGGCAAUGUGGAACCAUCAACAUAUCAGGCAGGAUCUAGGACAAUGGACGGAGAAAGUCCAGCACACCACAGAAGUAGUUCGGUUGGAAGCCACUCUAAUUAUAGAGUAGGAACGCCUAUAACUGGACUAGAUGUCGCUGGUCAUGCUGCUCCGAUUCGUAACGGCCCUCCUACCUGCCCACUAGACAGUCUUCUCCUCGAUUUUCUUCAUGAGCGCCAUCAACAGGCGGCCGAAGGCGUCGAAACUCCAAAACUAGUCGGCCCAGCAUAUCCAAGUGUGUCUUCACUCCUUAAUCCGGCUAAAGGUGCAAAUUCGCAUCCGUUAUCCAAGGUGUUCACUGAUAUUCUGGCAACCUUUCCGGAUCUCUCCGAACUCCCGGAAAAGGUCGCCGUUCUCUAUAUCAUGUUUUUGAUCAUGCGAUGGCAAAUCUCACCAUCACAGGAGAACUACGAUAGACUCCCUGAGUGGGUAGCUCCACGACCUUCCCAAUUAUUCACACCACAUCCUGCAUGGAUCGACCAUCUUCCUUGGCCAAAAAUGCGCGAUAGGCUAGUUCGGGAAUAUAACCCUCGAGACUAUCUAUUCGAUAACUUCUUCAUCCCAUUCACCACUACAUUGAACGUGAAUUGGCCGUACGAGCCUACAGAUACCCUAUUAAGCAGCCCUGAGAGUGAGGAUCUCAUGAUUAAUCCGGUGUUUGAACGACAUCUCCGAAGGUUGGACAACUGGAGUCUGGGACCGGCAUUUGCAAAGGCUUUUCCUGGGCUGAAUGAUACUUAUAGGCUUAAGAGUGACGCGGAUAGACGGGGCUGA